GCGGCGGCGGUGACUGAGCGGGGCGUCGCCAUGGGCUGCGGGGGCAGCCGGGCCGACGCUAUCGAGCCCCGCUACUACGAGAGCUGGACGCGGGAGACCGAGACCACCUGGCUGACCAACACGGACAUCGAGAGCCCGCCGCAGGAGGGCGGCAGCGCCGAGGGCCCCGGCCGGGAGCAGGGCGGCCCGCGCCCCGGUCUCCUGGAGGAUGGGAAAUUGGGUCCACCAGCUGUGCCUACAGCAUCAGCCACAGCUGGAAUGCUGAACGCUGAGAAGAGGAACAACUGUGGCUCUCAGUGUGCCAACCCCAUGGUCCACGGCACGGGAGGGACAACACAGAGACAGAAUAGCUUCAGGACCACAGAGAGUAAAUGGGACACACAGAAAAUGUCUGCACAAGAAGUCUCCAUUAAUGUUACAAAAGGCAUCAGACAAAGUGACAGAAGAAAAACAAAGAAUUGUGCCAAUUAAUGAAGAAAAUCGCAGGUGAGGAUGGACUUAACAGUGCUUCACUGCACUUUAAAUGCCAGUCACUGAAGACAWGAAGAUCUCCAGGCUGAAUACAGCAGGCAGCUGCUGCUGAGUGCCUUCAGAAGCAGAUCCUGUGGAAACCAGCAGCAAGCACUGUCAGAUCUUCAGAUGUCAUUUGUCUGAAGCAGUGRCACUACACAGACAUACGCAGAAAUUCAUGCCUUUUGUUUUUUACUAACUUUUGUGUUAUCCCUUGUGUACAUCCUGUUCCACAUUGCCAUUAAGAUGAGGCUGAAUAAUGWGUACAGCUCAUCGCACUUAAAACCAGGAAAGGAACAAAUGAUUCUGCAUUUUUAGUCAUAAAGGGRUUUGAGUGUGCACAUUCAAACCCAGAGAGUUCAUUUAAAGCAGACACUUUUGUAAAAAUCAAAUGCAGACAUCUCAAGAAAGUGAGAGCAAAGUCUAGUCUUCCACUAGAUCUCUUUUCAACUAUAUGUAUUGGUUAUAUAUAGUUAAGUCAUAGAGUAACCUUUCCAUAUAUUAAAUUUUCAAUUACUUAGUUUUAAUUUAUUGUUUGUGUUGACAUAAUUUUGGACUAAAAACCAGUAACUUUCAUAUUGAUCAGGCUUACUUGAAGGUCCUAGUCUUAGCUGGUAAGGAGAGUUAUGGCUGCUUGAUUAUUUUAGGUAUGCCUCUUUAAUUAUGUUGAAGCCCAGGCUGACUUGGAAAAAAGUUACCAUUAACUCUGCAUGAAAGUAACCAUAAUUUUAAAAGCCAUAUCCCAAUUUCAGUUMAAAAAAUUAAGUCUAUUUGAUAAGAUAUAAUUAAUUUGCUGUGCAGAACUUAUUUAAUUGCAUUGCGAGCAUUCUGUAUCACAGUACUCUGUGAUUAUCAUAAAUACACAUUUAAARGGAAUAUAAAUAUUCAGUGUAGUAAUGUCCAGGAAUUAAGUCAGCACAUUACUACUUAAUAUAGAAGUAAUACUAUAUAUUUUCUGUGAGUUUGCAUGUUUAUGAAAAUAAAAGAGGUAAAUUUAUUUGCCUCCCCCAUCAGAUAUAUAUUUAAAAGAACUAUUCAAAAGUUGUUCAUAACAAAUAGAUGGCUUUUGAAAAAAAAUCCAUGUAUGACCAGUAAAAAKUCCUUUUUACAAAUAGGCAAACAAGCAUAAAUAUGAUUGUGAACUGAACCCUAGUUUAUUUCAUAUAAGGAUCAUUUUAAUAGCUUGCUGCUAGGUCUGUGAGGUACUAUCCUUGUCACACAACAAGUCUAUGCAGUAGGAAUUCUUGUUUGUUAAUUAUUCCAGCAAAAAGGCGAACUGAAAUACAGAGUUAGAGCCAGACUUUUGCAUACCAUAGCAUAUUCUAAAAGGAUUUACUGGCAGAGAGAGUGCAGUAUAAACUUGUACGAUACAAGAAAGCUWCAGAAAGUGAUGAAUGAUCCUGAUGAAUUAAAGGCUAAACAGGAUUUUGAGGGAAGGCAAAAGGGAAGGUUUGUUGUAUUAAGAAGCUGUUCUAGAGAGUGUUGCCUUGGGUGGAUACCACAUUAGAGUGAGUGAGUGCAAGAACAAAGGAGUUCUGGCAGUCAGAUUAUUUACUAGCUAAAAAGUUAUGUAGUGAUGAUGUGCUGACCAGAUGUGUCAGAUGGCUUGGGUCACACCACAGAAGGAAGCCCGUGAGCUGCAUGGCACAUAGGCAUGAAUAGGCAAUGGCUSAUGCCAGCAGACACCAGGGAGGCAGUUCUGGGGCCUUGUGCUCAGAGCAUGAGAUGUGACAGGAUGGUCUGUGGGAGAUGGCCUCAGUACACACAGACCUCGCUCACGCUGACCACAUCCCCAUCAGAGUGGCAGCU